UUUUUUGAAUUUUAUAUUGAUUGUCCAAAAAUCCAGAGAAAAAAGCUUGAAAAAUGAGUGAGAAGCAAGAUUUUAAAGGGGAAAAAAACUGCUUAUAUAUUGAUGAAAUAAGUGGGUCUGAUGAAUUGGGAGUUGGAUCUAUUGAAAAUCCUUUUAAAACGGCUGUUAAAGCGCUUGAAAUUGGAGGUGAAGAAAGUUUAAUAUAUAUUCGAAAAAGUGCAGGGGAAGAGUACAAAGAAAUUACACAGACAUCUUUGAAAAAGGCUAAGAAGUCCCUUUGUAUUCUUUUAAAAAAGAAGCAGAAAUUAGAUGAUGCUUUCAGUCAUAUGAAAGUUCAAGAUGAAAAUAGUGGAGAAAUUGAGAAAUUAAAACAAGCAGAAAAAAUAGUGAUUGAAAAAAAUAAAAGUCUUGAUGAAGCUGUAAGAAUCAGGAUUCGUGAUUCUAAGCUUUAUAAAGAUACUGUUGUUCAAAUUUCAGGAUGGGUUCAUCGUUUGCGACAUCAGAAGGAACUUAUUUUUAUUAUUCUUCGGGAUGGAACAGGGUAUCUUCAAUGUGUUUUGGGUGGGAAGAUUGCACAAACCUAUGAUUCGUUAACACUUACACUCGAAACGACACUAACAGUGUAUGGAACUAUUACGUCUUUGCCUGAUGGGAAGAUAGCGCCUGACAAUCAUGAAUUAAAUGUCCUUUAUUAUGAAAUUAUUCACAAGGCACCUGGAGGAGAUCUUUCUUUUGCUAACAAACUUAACGUUGAGUCAGAGUCACAGGUUAUUUAUGAUCAACGGCAUCUUGUUAUUCGUGGGGAAGCUUCUAGUUCAGUUUUAAAAGUGCGUUCAUAUCUUUUGUCUGCUUUUAGAAAGGUUUAUGAAAAAAUGGGAUUUGUAGAGGUAACUCCCCCAUGUUUGGUACAAACGCAGGUGGAAGGUGGUGCUACGUUGUUUGAUUUAAAUUAUUAUGGAGAAAAGGCUUAUUUAACACAGUCGAGUCAGUUAUAUUUAGAAACAUGUUUACCAUCAUUGGGCGAUGUUUACUGUCUUCAGGAAAGCUUUAGGGCUGAAACAUCUCAUACUAGGCGUCAUCUUUCGGAGUAUUCUCAUCUGGAGGCGGAGUUAAUGUUUUUAUCGUUUGAUGAAUUUUUGAGUCAUAUAGAAGAUUUCCUAUGUCUCUCCUUGGAUAUCCUUUUGGAUAAUUCUCUUGCACGUUCUUUAAUAGAAUAUUUAAAUCCUCGUUUUGAAAAACCACAAAAACCUUUUUUACGAAUGAAAUAUGAAGAUGCUAUUAAAUAUUGUAAUGAACACAAUAUCCUUAACACUAAUGGAGAGCUUCAUGUGUUUGGGGAUGAUAUUGCAGAGGCUGCGGAAAGAAGAAUUGUUGAUGAAAUUCAAAAACCUAUUUUCUUGAUACAUUUUCCUGCUAGCUUGAAAUCAUUUUAUAUGAAACGUAUACCUGGAAAUGAAGUGUUAACUGAAAGUGUUGAUUUAUUACUUCCUGGUAUUGGAGAGGUUGUUGGUGGUAGUAUGCGGAUUUCAGAUUAUGAUGAGUUAAAAAAAGCUUUUGAAAGGGAAAAGAUUGAUGUGGGGCCGUAUUAUUGGUAUCUUGAUUUAAGAAGGUAUGGCUCAUGUCCUCAUGGUGGCUAUGGACUUGGUUUAGAAAGAAUUCUAGCAUGGUUGACAAAUAGAAAUACAGUAAAAGAAUGUUGUUUGUAUCCAAGGUUUACCGGAAGAUGUAAGCCAUAA